CGCGCAGUUAAGAAUACAGUUCUACUGUACGAUACUUAUGCGAAUYGUGUCAUUUUUAGGUCCGGAAGCGAUCGUGGCAGCCGUCGAACGGAAACUGAAAAGAAGCCUAAGCGACAGACAAAACUCCGGAAAUUCCAACGGAUUGGCGGAUGACGUGACGGUUUUCAACGACACCAUGCGAAUCCACGUGCGGCACAAGAGCAGACCGGACAGCCGGGUGGCGUUUGACAGGCCAGCCGAACCACCACCACCUCCACCGCCGCCACCUCAGUCGACGUCGACCCCGACGAUCACCGAAUUGUUUCUGUGCGGAAGAGGAACAAGCGGUGGUGGCCGGUACAAUGACGACGACCGCAAUGACAACGACAACAGGACAGUGGUGCAAGUCUCGCCUUCCGAUGAGCUCGGGACGUGCCCAGAAUAUCCAGUCGAACCGGAACAGAAAACGUCCAUACUGAUAAAUUCGAGYCCAGGACUGAAAACGUCGGUGAUCAUCGGUGAGGGGGGUGCGGCSUACGCUGCGUCGUCCGACAACAAGGUGACCAUCAGCAUCGGGCCGACCGGAAACACGGGCCGGGGGGGCAGGAGCGGGAACUACAAGAGCAACGUGACGGUGGUGGACCGAGCAGGAAGCCGGAUGUCCGAUUUCAUCCGGAUGAACUACGACCCGGUACAGGCGGCCCGCCUGGACGUGACGCCACACGUAUGCGGCCGCAGGUCUGGCGGCAGCGAUACCACACCACUAGUCAGCCCUUACCGAGUGUCGGAAAUUGAGAAACACCACAUGGCCGCACACCCGCCGUCCGACACCGAGUCCAGUUCCGAGUCGUGUUACGCCUCGGCCAAAGAGGACGCGUCCUACUCGUCGGCGUCGACCGCGUCUUCAUCAUCGUUCUCGUCCACUUCGUCGUCGGCCGCGGCCACAUUAGCGGCCGACGCCGAGCCCAUCUACGAGGAGAUAUCAGAAUCGCCCACCCCACCGCCGCUACCCUCGUGCCCUCCGCCCGAUCGUGCCGACCACGAGGCUGCCGCCAUACUGCCGUGCCGAUCAAUAUUCGAGGGUGCCACCAAGUACGACAUCAUCAACUAUCUGGUGGACGCGAAACGCCGGUGUGGUUCACUGCACGACACGUCCACCUUACACCCGAAGUUUGUGGUCGUCACCGACGAACAGGCGGCCGCCGAAUCUGACUCUUGUGGCGGCGGCAGCGGCGGCGCGUGCAACGACUCGGGCGAAGAGUCGUCGACAUACAGCAGUUGUGGCCCGGCCGCGGUGGCCGCGAUACUGCAGUCAGCCGACGCUGCCAAGAGGGCGGCGGUGGAAAUCGAGCGCAACGAUUCGGGUGUGGGCUCGGAGACCAGCCAGAGCUCGCGGAGCAAGUGGCAGCAGCAACAGCAACAGCAACAGCAGCACGAGACGCAGCACAGUUGCGAGGACUGCGACCAGCCCGUCGAGAUACAGACGACGGACGGUGGCAUCAUGUUCGCGCCGCUGGUGUGYCGCAAGUGUCACAAACGCAGGGCCGAGCGACGGGAGAUCAUAGCCGAAAUAGUCGAGACCGAGGAGAAGUACGGCAGAGACCUAGACAUCAUCACCGAAGAGUUUUACCGGCCCAUGAUGGUGGCCGGUCUGCUGAACGCCGACCAGYUGACCACCGUGUUCCUAAACGUGUCCGAACUGAAAGAGCACAGCGCCGCCCUGUCGCAAAAGCUGCGCGACGCAUACGAGAUAGCCAUCGAACAGGGCGACGAUGACCUGCUCACGGUAAACAUCGGCCGGCUGUUCCUGGAAGCGUCACCGUCCAUGCUGCACGCCUUCCAAUCGUACUGCACCCGCCAGGGUAACGCUGCAUUGUUGCUCGCCAACCUGGAGAAGGAGAAAGAGCUGCUGCGCAUAUUUUUGAGGGUGUCGCAGAUGGAGAACGCUGUGCUACGCCGGAUGAACCUCAACAGUUUCUUAAUGGUGCCCGUUCAACGCGUGACCAAGUAUCCGCUGCUGUUGGCCCGCUUGUACAAAGUCACGCCUGAACACCAUCUGGAAGCUCGGCAGACGCUUAACGAAGCGAGGCACAAGAUACAAUUGCACCUGGAACACAUAAACUCAUUGGCCAAAGACAUUAGUUCCACAAAACUAUGGCGAAAAAUAUACGCCAUCAACGGUAAGAGGCCUGACAACGAGGACUUGGCCGACAUCAAAUUUCGCAAGGUGGCCGUGGACGUGCUCGAAUGGUCGGGGCUCGGAGAAGAGAUCCGGUUCGCCAUGGAGGGUCGGCUUCUGUAUACACAACCGUCGGACCACAAUUGGCGGCGGGGCGGCAGGACCAUCAAACUGAUGCCGAUAAAUGCGAUCAUCGUGACGUUGGGAAAGCCCAACGACAAUUACAACCCGGACGCGGACGACAUCACGUUCCCCAGACAGAACGGCAUCAGAGACGCGUCACUAGUGUUGCUUAAAGAGAAGAGCGGCAGGAUAAGUUUACUACGAGAACCCAUGUACUUGGAUCGGUGUGUAGUAUGCUGUGAAAGCGACUGGGACGAUUACUUCGAACUACACGAAAUCACUACCAAGGACACGUACAUACUGAAAGGCCAGGACGGCGAGCAGACGAAAAUGUGGUACAGGCAGCUACAAUAUCAUUGUCAGACACUCGGGUGCUGGAGAAAGAGACGAAAUGCCCUGGCAAACAUCAUGAUCAACAGAAACUGUACCUAGUUGACCGCCGGCACAUCGUACACUGGCGCUUAUUCGGCGUCGUCAUUGACGAUUAUUAUUGUUAGUAGUAGUAGUAGUAAUUAGAAGUAGUGAUAAUAUUACCAAAAAUACAAUUAGUAAUCGACAGUCGUUACCAAUUAUAUGGCKAUUUAUUUUUAACUUAAUAUAUUAUCAUAAUUAUAAAUCAUUAUAAUACAACUCAUAUUUAUUUUAAUUUAUCGUUCGUAACGCGAUUGUUCUGCAUAAUCAUGGAAUUGGUUAACCGAAUUAUGAAAUAGUUAUUAUUGAUAUACAUUCAUUAAUAUGAUUAUCUAAUAAUCUAAUAAUUUAAUAAAGAUUACUUUGUGUAAAUGUAUUAGAAAACUGUCGAGUUAUGAAACUAAAAACAUGUCUUGUAUAUAUAUAUAUAAUU